UGGCUGCCGGCUUUGCCCUCAGUCGCGAAAUGAUGACGUGACCGCUAGCAUGGCGCACCGGCAGCAUGAGGCUCAUUAGACAGUGCUACCACUCGGCAGUUCUUCUAAACUCUUAUGGCUUCAUCACCUUCAAUAAAUUAGUCUGGAACCGAUCCAAGCAGUGGUUUUGUGAGCCAUACACCUUCAGGACAUUCCAGAAACUGAGUGGUUUAGCCAUGAUGGAAAUAAAGGAGAAUAGUGAGAACGCGGGAUUGUUCUCUCCUAAUCCCUCUGUCCGCGGCAUGGUGAACCUGGACCGCGACGCCUUCAGUAAAACUAUACAGGUCCCUGUCCUCAAAAUAAGAAAAGAAAUCAUCAAUAAAGUCAUGAAAACUCUGAAGCACAAACUCAUCCACCGGCCGCACGUCAAGAGAAUCAGUGAUGAUCCAGAGGAUGACAGCAUCAAGAAUGUUAUACUGGACCCCUUCAUAGUCACGUCCGAGGACUCAUUUGAUGACCGCGAUCAUGAGAGUUUCAAGCAGCUGGACAUCAGCCCUCAGGUUGUACAGCUCGAUCUGCAGCUCACGUAUGAGAAUUUUAAGACUGACGAGAUCUUAGAAGCUGUUUUACCUAAAGGACAAGAUGUCACCUCCGGUUUCAGCCGCAUAGGACAUAUAGCUCAUAUGAAUCUCCGGGAUCACCAGCUUCCGUACAAGAACUUGAUUGGUCAGGUGAUACUGGAUAAGAAUCCUGGUCUGACGUCUGUGGUCAAUAAAACCAACAUAAUUGACUCCACGUAUAGGAACUUCCAGAUGGAAGUGUUGGCUGGCGAGGAAAAUAUGAUGACGAAGGUGAAAGAAAAUGGCUUUAUUUAUGAAUUUGAUUUUUCCAAAGUCUACUGGAACUCACGACUCUCCACAGAACAUGACCGCAUCGCCGGGUUCCUGAAGAAUGGGGAUGUGGUGUUUGAUGUGUUUGCUGGAGUGGGACCAUUCGCUAUUCCUGCUGCUAGAAGAAACUGUAUCGUCUAUGCCAAUGAUUUGAACCCAGACUCCUACAAAUGGCUUGUACAUAACUGCAAACUGAAUAAAGUGGACAAAAAGGUCCAGGCCUUCAACACUGAUGGCCGAGAGUUCAUCAGGACUGUGGUCAAGGAGGAGCUGUCAAAAUACAUCAAGUCCUUCUCUACAGAGAGGAAACACCGGCUCCAUAUUGUAAUGAACUUGCCGGCGUUGGCGCUGGAAUUCCUUGAUACCUUCAGGCAUCUCCUCCCUGAGGAGCCUCACAGUGAAGUCGUUUUACCGACUGUGCACUGCUAUGGCUUCUCCAAAGACGACAACCCAGAGAAUGAAGUAAAAGACCGGGCAGAGGAGAUGUUGGGAACAAUCCUGAAGAAUUGCUCCAUCCAUCUUGUAAGGAAGGUUGCACCUAACAAGGAGAUGAUGUGCAUCAGUUUUGAGUUGCCUGCUGAGGUUCUAUUUGGAAGCCAAACAAUUAAUGAAGGUGAACCAGUCUCCAAACGUCCCCGAACAGAUGAAGCCUGCAGCGUGGACAAUGAGGCUCAAGUAUAGCUUCUUGGAUCAAGGAGUUUUUAUUUUUUUAUUUCAAUAUUCAUUCCCAGAUAAGUACUAGCCUAGGGGCGUCAUUCAUUGCUUAAUUUUACCUUUUGCUAAAAAUAAUAAGCCAAAGAAACAAUAUAGCUAUUUACUGCUCCCAUCACCAGUUCAGGAUAAUCUCAAUCUCUGAUUGUUCACUCAACUUUACUAUCAUGUUUUGUAGUCUGUUGGAAUACGUGUCUGCAGCCAUUGACCAGAUGUGUACAGUGCUGUCCUGUCACUUGGAUACUUCUUUGGAGAGCAUUUAGCAUAUAGAGAUGGAAGUUUCACUGAGUGAUCUCAUACUAAUCCCCCAGGUCUUGCUUUGUUCCCCAUCAUUAUCAUGUUAGUUUGUAGAUCUGCUGGUGUAUGACUAGCAUGUGACCCCCAACGUAAUGUGAACAGAGUUUAAAGGGGUAUUCUGGUUGGUUGAAGUUAUCCCCUAUCCACAGGAUAGGGGAUAACUAUUAGAUUGGUCGGGGGUCCUAGUGCUGUACUUGGGGGUCCCUGGAUCUCCUAUAAAAAUGAAUGGGGCGGCCGCACGCAUGUGCGACCAGUCGCUCUGUUCUUUUCAGGGGAACUGCAGAGGGUACAGGGCCUCCAUUCUCCUAAUCAGUU